GUCUUAAUUUGCUGUUUUUUUUCGAAUGAAACAUUCAGUUGCUUCUGAAAAUGUAACGAAACGAAGGUAUUUUCUUAGCUUGUGCUUUGAUGUAUCCGCGCGUGAAUUUAUCCAUGUGAAUUAUAGAUUAAGUGUAUAAUCAAGUGAUAUUCAUAAAAAAUUGAAUAAGUUCAGUUGGAGAAUUUUCCAGAGUGCGACGUUCAGAAGGAUAGUACGCUUAUACUGUGUUGAUUAAAAGCAACGAAGAAGAUACAUAAAAGGGGCUGUCAUAACGUGAAAACAAAUAAAUUUAAAUUCAUGUAGCAAGCCUCGCAAGAGCGUUCGUUCAGCGAAUAUUAUCUCUCUGUCGCGAGGCGCACUUGCAUAUUUAUAGGUCACAGAGUGUACGAACUGUGCUGGAUUAACCUACCGAGAAAACCAAUAGGAUUAAACUGAUGGCGUGCUUUGCGAAAUUUUUCACCAGAAAACACGGUUCCUUCAAUUUGCCGGAAGUGGGAAUCAGUAACGGUGGCAUUGUGCCUGUUCGAAUAAGCACUAGGAUUUACGAUGAGGAAUUUCAUCCAUCUAAAUAUGUAGUGAAUGCAAAGUCGAAUGGUAAAUUUUCACCAAAAGGAGUAGAUCGAGAGUCAGGAUUGGGUAGCCUAGAUGAGCGGUUUAAUGGCAAUAAUGAACCCACUUGCGAUACACGACCACAAAGUACACCGGCUGUACAGCCACAGAUGGUGCGGAAAACGCAAGCACCAGAAAUCAACGAUCGUAUUAGUGCUAGUUCACAAGAAAACGAUCGAAACAAUGGCUUAGAGUUGCUCAAAGAAGUUCAGCAAACAAAAAUACUCCUCCAGCUGGCUCUGGAGUCGAAGCAGCGAGAACAUCCUAGUGAUGUUGAAAGGAUACAUUUAGCCAAAUUAGACAAAGAAAUCAAGGAACUUCAAGUAAAAAUAAAUCAACAAGAAAAAUUGCGACCAGUUCAGGAAAAGUUAAUCGUUAAAGAAACAGCACCUGCUGCUGUGGAUGCCCCAGUGCCAACUACUAAUUUUGUGGCAACUCAACCGAAUCUCUCAUCGUCUAAGCCACGGAAGCAAGCUCCUGCGACACCCAAGCCGGUGCAAUUUUCGGAAAUAUCGGAAACAUCAGAUGAUUAUGAUACUAUUUCUUCCGUUAAACAAAUUGAGGAACCCGUUUCGGAGGUGUUCAGUUCAGAAGAGGACGAUCCGGUACCCCCGCAGCUACCUCCUCGACAAAACUACGAUGAUGAUGCAUGUGACACAUCGCAAGAUGAGGAACCCACACCUCCGAAGCUACCUCCUCCGAGAACGCCACCGGAAAUGGACGACUUAAUCAGCAGGACUGAUCACGCUCAGCUACGCCCCGUAGAAACUACUGUCAAACCGACUACUCCCGAACCAACUAGUGCACCACCAACGCGCAUUCCUCCGUCAGCUCCGGUGGAGAAGGAUGCCGCUGAUGAAGCCAGAGACUCACGCAAUUCUGAACCUCCACCCCGAAUCGAAGAACUUAACAGCAGCCGAACGGGUGUUUUAAAAACUAAAGUUCGUAAAGAAGGUAUACUUUCGGAAAAAACAGAACUGAAGAGCUCCCGAGAGAUUGUUAUUCCCAGUCACCCGAAACCGCGCGAUGCCGAGGUAAUGAUCAAAAAAGCAAUCACCGCUAAUGAGUUCCUGAACAAUUUGAUGGACGAGGAACGGCUGAAGGCCGUUACGGAUGCCAUGAGUCCGAUGACAUUCCCUCCCAAUAGCUACAUCAUCAAGGAGGGCGACAUUGGAGCGCACUUCUUCGUAUCGGCCAACGGAACCUACGAGGUGGUGGUAGAAAAUAAGGUCAUAAAGUCCUUCGGACGGGGUGUAGUUUUCGGUGAACUUGCCAUCCUGUACAAGGCAAAACGGUUCGCGUCCAUUCGGGUGACCACCGAGGCUAAAGUUUGGAUGCUUGAACGACGCGUGUUUCAGAAGAUUAUGAUGAAGAGCGGCCGAAAGGAGCGGGAGGAGAAUGUUAAGUUCUUGAGUACGGUGUCCAUUUUGAAGGAUCUGGAAAUCGAGAAGCUGCACAAGAUUUCCGAUUUGCUGAAAAGGGAAUUCUACGCCACAGGGUCAACGAUUAUUCAACAAGGUGAUCCUGGGGAUAAAUUUUAUAUAAUCCGCGGAGGCAGCGUUAAUGUUAUCAAAACGGAUCGAAAUGGCGUUGACAAGCUUGUGGGAACUCUACAGCGUGGGGCAUAUUUCGGUGAACAGGCCUUGCUGCACGAGGACAGGCGGUUGGCCAGCAUUAUUGCUAACCCUCCCGGCACUGAGUGUUUGACGCUAAACCGAAUAGCAUUCAAUGAAUUUUUGGGAGGUUUGGAAAAACUACGUGAAAUUAAACUGUUUGAUGAUAUGCCGCGUACUUCGGACAAUCGGAAAAUUGUAUCGGAAUACGAGCACAUCCAGCUGCACGACCUAACCUACAUCGGAACGCUGGGGAUCGGGGGAUUCGGACGCGUCGAGCUGGUGCAGUGCCGGAACCGGCAAACAUUUGCCCUCAAAUAUCUCAAGAAGAUCGAAAUGGUUCGGCAGCAGCAGCAGGAACACGCUUACAGCGAGAAGGACAUCAUGCUGAGCUGUAACAGUCCGUUCAUCGUGCGACUCUAUAAAACGUACCGCGACAAGAAGUAUCUGUACUUCCUGAUGGAAGCCUGCCUCGGUGGCGAUGUGUGGACCAUUUUGCAGAAGAGUAAAUAUUUUGAUGAACGAACGGCCCGCUUUAUGACCGGCUGCGUAGUGGAAGCCUUCGAGUAUCUGCAUAGCCGUAACAUGAUAUAUCGGGAUCUGAAACCCGAGAAUCUAAUGCUGGACGAGAAAGGCUACAUAAAGCUGGUUGACUUUGGCUUCGCCAAGCGAAUUGGGGCAAACCAGAAAACUUGGACCUUCGCUGGUACGCCAGAGUACGUUUCACCGGAAAUUAUCCUCAACAAAGGACACGACCGAGCCGUUGAUUACUGGGCCUUGGGGGUAUUUAUUCACGAGCUGCUGGUCGGGAAGCCACCCUUUCGGGGGAAAAAUCAUAUGAAAACCUACAAUGCCAUUCUGCGAGGAAUUGAUAUUAUAGAGCUACCUUCACGCAUUCCGAAAAAAGCGCAAGUACUGAUCAAAAGGCUCUGUCGGCAAACACCAGCAGAGCGGCUGGGCUACGGUAAAAAUGGCAUUGCUGACAUUAAAAACCACCCCUGGUUCGCAGGCUUCGAAUGGCAACGGUUGAAGGAUCGCACCCUGCUGGCACCGCUGGUGCGACCAAUCCAGUCCGAUACCGAUCUGUCCAACUUCGAUGAAUACCCGAAGGAUCUGGACGAGCCACCGGAUGAGACGUCCGGGUGGGAUAUUAAUUUUUAAUUCCACUUGAAUCUAUAUGGAACUAA